AGCCUUAACUUUUGGUCAAGCAUUAGGAAACUUCCGAGAAACUUCGUAUUGCACUUUUUCGAACUUAAAAGAAAGGUUUUCUUGAACUGAACUCUCAUUAGGGCGAUGAGUCGUUCGGGAUAUCAAUUCCAAUCCCUUGCCGUCGUUUCUUUCAUCAACCAAGCCACUGUUUUUUCUGGUUAUGCUGCUGCGAGAUAUCCUCCGGAAUCUGCGAUUUCCUAAGCAUGCAGAAUUAGAAAAUUUCUGUUAUUACCAUCGAAUGGUAUUUUAAUUGGUAACAGAAUGCUCCGCAUUUUCUGGAUUCCCCUCCAAUACCAAAACCAAUAGGCAGUCAUUCUGAAUGUUUUGGUGGUGUUUGAUUUUCUUUUUCUUUUUUUCUUUUAGUUUGGAAAUUAAAAAUAAAAAAAGGUCCAUAAAGAUUUGGAUGUGAUUCUGAGAUUUCUGGGCUUUUUCAUGUUGUGUUCGAGGUGGCCCACCUCCGUGUAAGGCGAUUUUGCCAUUGUUUUGUGCGGGUGUGCCAUCUCCCUUGCGACACUUCGGUUUUUCUCGUGACUUGGGAUCACCAUCAUCAACAUGAGCAGUACUUCAUCCGGCAUUGGUCUUCUCCAUCUCGAGGACAUGGAGGCCGGCCCUGCCAAGGUCAAUGAUGACCUCGACAAUCACCUUGAUCCCGGUGCUGACCCCUCCGAUCCCUUCGACAUUGCUCACACCAAGAAUGCAUCCCCCGAGACCCUCAAGCGCUGGAGGCAAGCAGCACUUGUGCUAAAUGCUUCUCGUCGAUUUCGCUACACGUUGGACUUGAGAAAGGAAGAAGAAAAAGAGCAAAGAAAGAGGAUGAUUAGAGCUCAUGCGCAAGUCAUAAGAGCAGCAUUGCUCUUCAAAUUGGCUGGGGAAAUGCAAAUUGUAUCUGGGUCACCAGUUGCAUCACCAGUUGCUGCUGGUGAUUAUGCUAUUGGACUAGAACAGCUUGCUUCAAUGACCCGGGAUCAUAAGUUAUCUGCUCUUCAACAAUAUGGUGGCGUUAAAGGGUUGUCAGGUCUGUUGAGAACAAAUUUAGAGAUCGGCAUUAAUGGGGAUGAGGCUGAUUUGUUAAAACGGAGGAAUGCAUUUGGAUCAAAUACAUAUCCACGGAAAAAGGGACGGAGUUUCUGGAGGUUCCUUUGGGAGGCAUGGCAGGAUUUAACCCUUAUCAUAUUGAUUAUAGCAGCUGCUGUGUCAUUGGGGUUGGGAAUAAAGACAGAGGGUUUGAAUGAAGGAUGGUACGAUGGGGGUAGCAUUUUCUUCGCUGUUUUUCUUGUUAUAGUUGUUACAGCUACCAGUGAUUAUCGUCAAUCUCUUCAGUUUCAAAAUCUAAAUGAGGAAAAGCGAAAUAUCCAACUAGAGGUCAUGAGAGGUGGUAGAAUUGUGAAGAUUUCAAUAUAUGAUGUUGUUGUUGGUGAUGUUGUGCCACUAAAAAUAGGUGAUCAGGUCCCGGCAGAUGGAAUCUUAAUCACCGGCCAUUCUCUAGGAAUUGAUGAAUCUAGCAUGACUGGAGAAAGCAAGAUUGUUCACAAGGAUCAAAAAGAACCAUUCUUGAUGUCUGGCUGCAAAGUUGCAGAUGGUGUUGGUACCAUGCUGGUGACUGGUGUUGGAAUUAAUACUGAGUGGGGAUUGUUAAUGGCAAGUAUUUCAGAGGAUACUGGUGAAGAGACCCCCUUGCAGGUACGCCUGAAUGGAGUUGCAACUUUUAUAGGCAUAGUUGGGCUUGCUGUAGCUGUUUCUGUGCUUGCUGUUCUUUUGGUCAGAUACUUCACCGGACAUACAGAAGAUCCAGAAGGAAAUAAACAGUUUAUCAAAGGACGCACUAAAUUUGAUGAUGCAUUUAAUGAUGUUGUUAAAAUUUUUACAAUUGCAGUUACAAUUGUUGUUGUUGCUGUGCCUGAAGGGCUUCCUUUGGCUGUUACCUUGACUCUGGCUUACUCAAUGCGUAAGAUGAUGGCAGAUAAAGCUUUGGUGCGUCGUCUUUCAGCAUGUGAAACCAUGGGCUCUGCAACAACAAUUUGCAGUGAUAAGACUGGAACAUUGACUUUGAAUGAGAUGACUGUUGUUGAAGCUUUUGUUGGGAAAAAGAAGAUGGAUCCACCUGCUGAUUCUUCCCAGUUGCACCUAUCAGUUGUGUCUCUGUUGAGUGAAGGAGUUGCACAGAAUAGCACUGGGAAUGUUUUUGUGCCUAAGGAUGGUGGUGAUGUUGAGAUUUCUGGAUCUCCCACAGAAAAAGCUAUCCUUUCUUGGGCAAUAAAGCUGGGGAUGAAAUUUGAUAUUAUCAGAUCAGAGUCCACUAUUCUUCAUGUUUUCCCUUUCAACUCAGAGAAAAAGCGAGGUGGUGUUGCAUUACGACAGUCUGAUUCUGAAGUUCAUAUACACUGGAAGGGAGCAGCUGAGAUAGUUUUAGCCUCAUGUUCUGGAUAUCUUGAUUCAAAUGGUUGCUUGCAAUCCAUGAAUGAAGAUAAGGAAUUUUUUAAGGCUGCUAUUGACGAAAUGGCUGCAAAUAGCCUACGCUGUGUUGCCCUUGCAUACAGAUUAUGUGAAAAGGAAAAAGUUCCUACUGAUGAAGAGACCUUUAGUGGUUGGGUCUUACCUGAAGAUAACCUUGUUUUGCUUGCUAUCGUUGGUAUAAAGGAUCCUUGUCGCUCAGGUGUCAAAGAUGCUGUGAGAAUAUGUAUGGAUGCUGGUGUUAAGGUACGCAUGGUCACUGGAGACAAUAUCCAAACAGCAAAAGCAAUAGCUUUGGAGUGUGGGAUACUUAGUUCUGCUCAAGAUGCUACUGAGCCUACCAUCAUUGAAGGGAGGGUGUUCCGUGCCUUACCUGAGAAAGAAAGAGAACAAGUGGCCAAGAAAAUAACGGUAAUGGGGAGAUCUUCUCCAAGUGACAAGCUUUUGUUUGUUCAAGCCUUACGUAAGGGAGGGGAUGUUGUGGCUGUAACUGGAGAUGGUACCAAUGAUGCUCCUGCACUUCAUGAGGCAGAUAUAGGUCUAUCUAUGGGUAUUCAAGGGACUGAAGUUGCAAAGGAAAGCUCAGAUAUCAUUAUAUUGGAUGAUGAUUUUGCUUCAGUUGUGAAGGUUGUUCGCUGGGGUCGUUCUGUCUAUGCCAAUAUACAGAAGUUUAUACAAUUCCAGCUUACAGUUAAUGUUGCAGCUCUUGUAAUUAAUGUCGUUGCAGCAAUAUCCUCUGGUGAUGUUCCUUUAAAUUCAGUGCAGUUACUAUGGGUUAACCUGAUCAUGGACACUCUUGGAGCACUUGCAUUGGCUACCGAACCUCCAACAGACAACCUUAUGCAUAGGUCACCAGUUGGCCGAAGAGAACCUCUAAUUACAAACAUCAUGUGGAGGAACUUACUAAUACAGGCUUUAUAUCAAGUUACUGUCCUCCUUGUGCUCAACUUCUCAGGCUUGACCAUUCUUCAUUUGAAGGAUGAUGGCAUCAGACAACAUGCUUUUGAAGUAAAGAAUACUGUGAUAUUCAAUGCAUUUGUCAUGUGCCAAAUAUUCAAUGAGUUUAAUGCUAGAAGGCCUGAAGAACUCAAUUGCUUCAAAGGAGUGACUAAAAACUACCUCUUUAUGGGAAUAGUUGGAUUUACAUUCAUACUUCAGAUAAUCAUCAUCGAGUUCCUUGGAAAGUUUACGUCAACAGUGAGACUUGAUUGGCAGCUAUGGCUUGUAUCCCUUGGCAUUGGCGUUAUCAGCUGGCCUCUCGCAAUGUUGGGAAAGUUGAUUCCAGUUCCCGAGACACCGGCAGCUGCAUACUUCAUCAAGCCAUUUAAACGAUGCAGAAGAUCUCGGGAUGCAUGAAUUUGGUCUUUCUGUUGUGCAAUUAAGUAAAAUCGACAACCGGAGAAUUGCUAGAGCUUGUAUAUAGAAAGGUUUGUCAAAGUAAAACCUUCAUUUACGGCAAAUAGCAAACACACACACACACACACACGUAUGCACAAAAGAUGUUUGCUUGAGUGAACUCAAGGCACUGAUUUCUAUAAGAUGAUUGGUAUAUUUAAGGUAAUGAAUUGUAUCAUCCAAUUUGAGUAUAUGAUUUUUUGUUUAUAAACCUCUAGAGUUUGCUCCGUUAAUAGCCUAAUAUGUAGUAUUGGUCAAAGCAUACUUCAACUUUUCCUUCACUUCCAUCUUUAAUGGAAGGUUGCUCGUUGACUCCA